CAUGAAUUACACCAGGUCCCGGUGACGGCACUGGCCUUUAGUAAGGACCACCUGUUUGCAGGAGAGGGUCCGAUCCUGAGAAUCUACAGGCGUCAUGACAACCAAUUGAUCGAGUCAAUCAAUGUCUUUUGUUCGCAAGCUAUUCAUGGAAUUGCCCUUCAUUCUGGUGGCAUCAUUGUCUGGGGUGGUCGUCUGGUCACUCUAUAUGCCUUUACCUCAGCUGACCAUUCCCUGUUAAGUCGCCUUUCUUCUUUCGAGUCACCCGACUGGAUUCUUGACAUCGCUGUCUCUCCCGAAGUAUCUGGACAGAAACAAAAGGCUGCUUUGAUCACUGCACACAAUGCUCUUCUUCUCUUAGAACUGGAUUCGACGACUGGCUUGCAAGAGUUGACCUCAAACUCAAGGUGUAUUCUCUACUCAGCUCAUAUUCACUGGAUCAACGCGACACGAAUCCUUGUUUCAUCAGGCACAGUUUUUGGCGACAUCAUCGUGUGGUCCUGUGUACUACAGGAAAACAGCGUGCCGUCUUCGGUACUACACCAUGUGCUCAUAGGCCACGAAGGCUCUAUCUUUGGUGUACAGAUCUUCGAAUCCUCAUCAGGCGGAAACUUGAACAAGCCCUGUCGAUUACUCGCUAGUUGUAGUGACGACCGCACUAUUCGCAUUUGGGACAUCUCAUCUCUUCCCGACACCGCUACCAACCCACAAGCAGCGGCAGACUUGACAUCGGCUCGGGAGACUGGCUUUGGUGCCAACGUUGCUGAUGUGCUGCCAGACAACACUUCUGGUGGAAGAUGCAUUGCCAAAGGCUGGGGGCAUGCGUCCAGAAUCUGGGGUGUGAAGUUUAUUCCUUCUCAAGAUCAAAAACUACUCUCCUACGUUGUGUCGUUUGGUGAAGACGCCACUCACCAAUUUUGGAGUCUUGGCGAGACCAGUCCUGAUCAGUUCGGUUUGACACACCUUGGAGGCUCUUGUUUGCAUUCAGGUAAGAACAUAUGGUCAUGGGCAAUAUCUCAUGACACACCAAGCGAAGUUGUAGUUGCCAGUGGUGGUGCAGACGGUAGUAUCGCUCUCGAACCGAAGUCUAUUCCCUUCACUAGCGAGUCGGAUCAUACUCAAACCUGGUCGAUACAGGACUUGGGGUUGGCAUGUCCGGAGAGACCGCAAGCUGGGCGUCAAGACAAGCUGCGAAGUUAUGCGUUUCUGGAGAAGACCAAUCUACUAGUCACUACUGACGCUGGGAAUAUCCUGCUGUUGACGGAAGAUGAAAACGGCCAUGCUCGAACAGAUUGGAUCCGAAAGGAGGAAAAGCUCCGGGGGUAUUCAGUCGUUACCAGCAUACCGAACUUGUCUAUUGCUUUCUUGGCAGGCAUGGACGGUUCAGUGAUGCUUUAUGAAGGGAAAGAGGUGAAAGAGUUGGUAAAAUCAUCCAGAAAAACAUCAGCUCUAUUCGCUCAACAAUUAUCUUCCUCAGAAGGUGCUUGCCAGCAGAUCGGUCUUCUGACCGCCAACGUCGAGGCCAAGACAGCUCUCUUCACACGUUUCAGCUUAAGCGCUGGCACAGAGGGUACCCGGACGAUCGAGAACCUGUUUACGUGGAGACUGGCUUUGCCUAAAGGCUUUGUGAUCACUAGUUUCGCUGCCAUCAACUUCGGUCAGGAAGAAAGUUGGAUGCUUGUUCUGGGCUCACGAAAUGGCUCGAUAGCGAUAUAUCAGGUGCGCGACAAGCCGGAUAGUGAUGAAGAUGUCGCAAAUCAGUAUUUGCUUGCCCAAGCUCAUGGCUUUGAAGCCGUCACCGAUCUUGCUUGGUAUGCUGGACCGAACUUGACCGAAACUAGCGGCCACAUCUUUUCGGUAGGCAGAGACGGGACCUACGCUAUACACUACCUCUCAAACUCAGAUUCGGGAAUUGGCCUUAAGUUGAUCGGUCAAACAACUCUUCCUUUAGGCACGAAUAUCGAGGGCGUCCACAUUGACGAGGAAACUCAACAUCUUAUGAUUUGGGGCUUCCAUAGUCGUCAGUUCAUUGUGUUCGAUGCAACCGAAGAGGUUGAGAUAUUGAACAUCGACUGCGGCGGAGCGAACCGAAUCUGGAAGUUUGUUCCUGAGGGAUUACGUGGCGGACACUUCGUCUGGACAAAGGCAUCUCAACUCUGCCUGUUCUCACAAGUACAAAACUCUACAAGACUUUUGAACAAAGGGGGACAUGGGCGGGAGAUCAAAUCUUUGGCCGUCGCUCCCAGCAAUCCGACGAAGUCCGGCAGCCUGUUCGCAACCGGUUCUGAAGAUACGGAUAUCAAACUUUUGAUCUAUCAAGCUGAGAGCGAGUUGCCCCACUUCCGCUGUCUGAAGACGCUAAGAAAGCACAACACCGGUAUUCGGCAGCUGGAAUGGUCAUCCGAUGGCCGUUACCUCUUCAGUAGCGCUGGAUUCGAGGAGUUUUUUGUAUGGAGAGUAGAUUUCGCACCUCUAGUCGAGCUGGGAGUGGUCUGUGAAUCUGCAUGUCCUACCGAGAGCGAAUUGCCUGAUCUCAGAAUUAUGAGUUUCUCGUGUAGAGAAGAAUCUGGCAACUUUGUCAUUACCAUGGUUCGUUCAGACUCUACUCUACGGAUGUACCAAUAUUGUCCGGGCCAAGAGAAUUCUUGGAGAAUAUUAAUGGUUGGGAACUACCUGACCUCUUGCCUGACACAAUGUCUUCACGUCAACACCUUCGGUCAGGCACAAUCACUGAUUACAGCGGGUACUGAUGGUUAUGUUGCUUUCUUCCCUCUUCGUACUGGCUCAUUGGCCGUCGCGGCCGAACCAAGUGGCUUAAAGUGGACACAUCGUGCCAAAAUCCAUCAAAACACGAUACAUUCUAUGAAACCGCAUUGGUUCGACGACAAGACAUGCCUACUCCUCACUGGAGGUGACGACAAUGCAGUCGCAUUCACGGUCUGUGCCUGGAGUGCGGCACAAGGGAAACCACAGGUCAACACGCUUAUCAUUCCGCGUGCACACACGGCCGCCGUAACUGGUGUCGAGAUUCUAGCCUCGUCCACUUCCAAAGUACUCACUGUCGCAACUACCAGCAUAGAUCAACGAGUAAAGAUCUGGCAGGUAUGCUAUGACAUGUCAUUACCAGGAAUUGACGGUCUUACAGUAGAAAGGAAGGGGAACCACUUCACUGCUGUCGCUGAUGUUUCAGGUCUUGCUGCCCUCAGUGCUUCUUCUGUCAUUGUCUGCGGAGUAGGGUUAGAUGUUUGGAGCCACAGUGGUUGA